AUGGGCUGGUGGCCGUUUUCCGCAGACACCCGCGCCGACGCCAUCCGCAGUGGCAACGCCAUUCCCAACCGCGAGGAGCGCGCCAUCUGCUGGGCCUCACGAGACGCCUACUUUGCCUGUCUGGACGCCAACAACAUCAUUGAUGCGAACAAGGACGCUUCCGCCGCCGCCAAGGCGUGCCCCAAGCAGUCUGCCGAUUUCGAGCGUGACUGCGCCGCCGCGUGGGUCAAGUACUUUAAGCAGUGGCGCGUAGCGGAUCUGCAGAAGAAGAAGAGGCUGGAGGAGCUGCGCAAGCAGGGCGCUGUCGAGAUGGAGGUUGCUACUAGCUUUGCGCCAGAGGGGGGUGCUGGGGAGAAGGGCAAGGGCAAGGGCAAGGGCGAUAUCCAGGAGAUGUUGGAUCGGAAGAGAGGGAGGUGA